UGAGGCCAGUGCGAUAGUUUAUUUUAGAAUCUUACUUGUUUGUGCGAGUACUGUGCAGCUAAGGUAUAUAGUAUUUCCUUUGGUCGAUUGGGUGCCUUCAAACCAUUAAAUUGAUCUGAGCUUUUGACACAAUUGUGUGGAUUUAAUUUUUCUGAGAUGGUAGGAAAGCUAUCUUAUUUAUUUAUUUUGAAAUAGGAAAAUCCACUUUAUAGAAGGUCCUUUAUUAGUGUAAGAAAUAGUGACUUUUCAAUUGAUAAUAUCAUUCUGUUUUUACAAAAACUUUUCAAUCUUCUUUAGAUGUUAAAUCACAUAAAUUCUCGCUAAAUAACACUAAUUUAAACUUUUUAACUACUACUUAUCGAAGUGUUUCUCAUAGUGAAACGUGAAAGUCAUAAUUUGCAUUGUAAUUCGAAGUGCAUGAUUUCAUAAAAGGAUUACUCCAGCUCAUACGACUUCUCUUAGAAAUAUGUCAUGCUAAAGAAAAUUUAAUAAAGGAUUUUGAUCGGCGUCAUGUUGCAAAGCUGACGAGGGCUCAUUUAGUGUUGUAGUGUGAAAAUAGUGUUGAUUUAGUAGUAAAAUGAAACUCAAAGUGGACGUGUAUGCGUUUUCUUCAAUGCUCCUGUUGUUACUGCGAAUAUCUAGUGCUGGGAGGGUGCAGGCCGCUGUCAGUUUUUUAGCUAAUUCGUCAUAUCAAGAGAUGGAAUUGAAAGGAGAAACUAGCCUAUCCUUACGAGACAUACUGCCAGUCAAAGCGAAAUAUUAUGAUAAAAAUCGAGCUCCGAAGCUCCUGGGGGAGCCCACUAUUGUUUAUUUCCAUGUCACUGUCCUGUCCUUGGAUUCUAUUAAUGAGGAGAGUAUGACAUACGUAGCUGACAUAUUCCUGGCGCAAUCGUGGCGGGACCCUCGGCUGCGCUUACCGGAGAAUAUGCACGAGGAAUACCGUAUCCUGGAUGUAGCCUGGCUCAAUAACAUUUGGAGGCCGGACUGCUUCUUCAAGAACGCGAAGAAAGUCACCUUCCAUGAAAUGAGCAUACCCAACCAUUAUUUAUGGUUGUACCAUGAUAAAACGCUCCUGUAUAUGGCAAAAUUAACCUUAGUACUGUCAUGUGCUAUGAAGUUUGAAUCCUACCCUCACGAUACCCAGAGCUGUUCUAUGAUGAUCGAAAGUUUAUCGCACACUGUCCACGAUCUAGUGUUCAUUUGGAAUCUAACUGAUCCAUUGGUGGUCAACCCGGACAUCGAACUGCCGCAGUUGGAUAUAUCCAAUAACUAUACUUCGGACUGCACCAUUGAGUAUUCCACAGGUAACUUCACCUGUCUCGCCGUGGUAUUCAACCUGCGCAGACGUCUAGGCUACCACCUGUUCCACACCUACAUACCAUCAGCCCUGAUCGUAGUCAUGUCUUGGAUUUCGUUCUGGAUCAAGCCAGAAGCCAUCCCUGCGAGAGUCACAUUGGGUGUGACUUCUCUUUUGACUUUGGCGACCCAAAACACCCAAUCCCAGCAAAGCUUACCACCGGUGUCUUACGUGAAAGCAAUAGACGUCUGGAUGUCGUCCUGCUCCGUGUUUGUUUUCCUGUCUUUGUUCGAGUUCGCUGUGGUCAAUAACUACAUGGGCCCAGUCGCCACGAAGGCCAUGAAGGGGUAUUCUGACGAGGAUCUGUCCAGGGAUCUGGACGCUUUUAAACACAUAUUCCCGAACUCGGUGGACCCCCGCGCGAGUACGUCUGCCUCGCUCCCGCAGUACGACACGUUCUGCAACGGGAGAGAGACGGCUGUAUACAUCGAUCGCUUCUCGCGAUUCUUCUUUCCAUUUUCGUUCUUCAUACUUAAUGUUGUGUAUUGGUCUACUUUUUUGUAAUUGUUUCUCGUUUUAUUGCCUUUUUGUUGAAAAUUACGUUACGCUACGCUUAAUGUAAUUGUAAAAUAUAUAUUAGCGUAUCUAUUAUUAUAUUAGUUUAAAUGUUUGAGUUUGAGUUUAUGUCGGUUAAUUGCGUUGCCUGUUGCACGAAAUCCAUGUUUAAUUCAUUCGUAUAUAAGUGUAGUUUUAUACAAUUAUCCAGUGUAUUCUCAAAUUUAUCAUAUUUAUUUAUAAAUAAGCUUCUCACACGGUCAACCCACUUUGCUUAAUAUAAUUGAAUUACAAUGACAGAAAAUGCGUUUUGCUCAAAAUUCGUUCAUGGGAAUUAAAC